UCCCAGCUGAGUUAAAGGGGAAAGAUAAGCAGUAGUUCUUUUAUUUCCUGGACUGAACUGCACAUGCUGACCAUGGCUUCAGAAAAGCCAAUACUUUACAGCUAUUUCCGAAGCUCCUGUUCAUGGAGAGUGAGAAUCGUAACAUUUCCCUGAGACCAUUGCCAAUGAAACUGGACUCAGUGUCUGAAGCUGUGCACUCUCUUCUCCCUAGCACUGGCUCUUAAAGGGAUUGCCUAUGACCAGGUACCAGUGAACCUCAUCAAAGACGGGGGGCAGCAGUUUUCUACUGAAUUCAAGGCAGUGAAUCCAAUGCAGCAAGUCCCAGCCUUGAAAAUUGAUGGUAUCACCAUUUCUCAGUCGCUGGCUAUAAUUCAGUACCUAGAAGACACUCGUCCUAACCCCAGGCUCUUGCCCCAAGAUCCAAAGAAGAGAGCCCAAGUCAGAAUGAUCUCGGAUCACAUUGCUUCUGGCAUUCAGCCACUCCAGAAUUUGAGCAUCUUGAACAAAAUGGGGGAGAGAAAAAUGGAAUGGGCUCAGCAGUGCAUCACAUCUGGAUUCCAAGCACUAGAACAGAUUCUGCAGCACACUGCUGGACGCUACUGUGUGGGAGAUGAGGUAUCCAUGGCUGAUCUGUGCUUGGUGCCUCAAGUUGGCAAUGCUGAAAGAUACGGUGUGAACCUGGCUCCAUAUCCUACAAUAACUAGAAUAAACAAAGCACUCUUGGAGUUAGAGGCAUUCAAAGUGAGCCACCCAUCCCAGCAGCCAGAUACUCCUGCAGAGCUGCGAUCUUGAGGCCCUUCUACCUAUUAAAUCAAGUAGCUGGAGUAGCAAGGAUGACAACAGCUACAGCUCACAUAGGACUUGAGUGCCAGCAAGAAGCCCAGAACUAACGUCUCACUACAUGGGACAGCUGAUUUGACCUCUUCCCUAUGUCCAGCAGCAAUCUUGCAGAAUUAAUAAAGGUCUGUUCAGAGCAAAGCUA